AUGGCCGAACCACCCUCAUCGCCGCCUAGGCCGGAUGCCACGGCUGAAGAAUCUCUCGCCUGGUACAAGACGCAGUACGAACAUCUAGAGACGGACCUGGCAGAGUUUCGCGAGUCUAGUCGCGAACUCGAGCAAGAAUUGGAAAAGGAUAUCGAACGCGCAGAGAAGCAGGAGAGGCUGCUGCAGGAGAGGGCUGAGACGCUAGCUUAUGAAGUGGAAGAGUGGAAGCGCAAGUACAAGGAGUCCAAGACCGAAGCCGCCUCUGUGCAAAACUCGCUUGAAAAGGAGAUUACGACGCUACGAGACACAAACCGGACCCUCCAACUGAAGCUACGCGACAUCGAGGUGGCCAACGAUGACUUCGAGAGGCAGGCGCGCAACACGACAUCGUCGCUUGAGGACAUGGAGUCCAAAUUCAACCAGGCCAUCGAGCGCGCUGUCUUGAUGGAGGAGGAGAUUCGCCAGGGCGAGCAGGAGCGCGAGAACAUGCGCAUCGACGCCCAGCGCCUGCGCGAGGAGCUGUCAGACCUCAAGAUCGAGGCCGAGUUGCUGCAGGAUAAGGUCAAGAAGCAGGAGGCCCGCCACCUGUCAACCAUCUCGACCGACCUGUCCAUCCCCGCCUCGCCCACAUUCGACCGCAACGCGGAGCCCUCGUCCCCCCAGUCGACCGCCAGCUCGCCCCUCAUCACCACCCCGCCCGACACAAAGUCCAUGUCUUCAGCCGACACGCUCUCCGAGCUCUACGACCCGCCGUCCCCGCCCAUGUCCGACGCCCCUGUCUCGCUGCCCAAAAGGUCCUCUGCCAGCGGCGAGUCGUCGAUGCGCAAGCCCACCAUCACUCCCAGCUCAUUCCGCAAGUCGCAGCUCGGUGGCUCGGUGGCCGCCACUCCCAAGCCUCGCAGCACCGUUAACAAGGCGCCAGGGACCAUCGGUGUGCCGCGCAUGCCUGGUGCCCGCACGUCGACGGGCAACCCGCCCCUGCGCACGCCCGUCAACCGGUCCGCGCACAUUCGCUCCGGCAAGCUUCCCGCAUCCAACUCGCUCACGCACAUCCGUACCCUUACGGCGCAGAUGGAGCGUCUCGAGGCGCGCGUGCACAAUGCGCGAUCCAGGCUUCCCGCACCCACGUCGACACCACCCCGGUACUCGCCGCGUACGUCUGUAAACGGCGGCGGUCCUCCGCAGAUCCCCUCAUCCAUCACGGUUCGGUCGCGUAAGAGGACCGUUAGCUCGACACCGUCGAUGACCGGAGACGAUGACACUGCCACGUACCAACUCACCGCCCGAGGCCACGUUUCCCGUCUCAGCGAGUCACGCGUCGGACGUCUUUCUAUAUCGUCCCGGCCUCCGUCGCGUACAGAUAUGGCCCUCCCGCGCCCCAUGUCGCGGUCCUCUCUUGGCGGCACGCGCACACCGCUUGGCCGUCCGCGGUCUUCGAUGGGUGGCACCAUACAUCAUUACUCUGCCAGCGUGGGCGUAGGCCGCAUGGAGGAAGAGGACGAGGGAGAAGAGGACGGCACGUACAGCACACCCAGCCGACGGGCCAUGUACGCCAGCACCAGCGGCAAGUUUGACCCCAACAGGAGCACUAGCAGUAUUCCUAUUCCCGGCAGCCGGCGGCAGAGCGGGAGUACCGGCGCAGCUGGCGGAAGGAGAGCCAGCAGGGAUGGAAGCAGUGGGAUUCCCGUGAGUGGAGGGAGGCAGAGCUUUUCCCGGAAUCAGAAUAUCGAGGACCUGGGAGAAACGUAUUGA